GGGGGUUAGUGAGCGGCUGUGAAAUCUAUAGGAAGCACGUGCAUGCGUGAGAGGCCUCAAUUAUUUUCGGUACUAAUUGUUUUUGAAUUGAAUUUUCGUAAAAGACUGAUUUGUGUUGUUUUCGGGUGCUUCUUUUAUCAUAAUACGUUAAGAUGGCCUUGGACUCCAAUGUUCGAAACGAAAAUGUUACGGUUAUAAAUGAAAAAGUUGCCGAUAACAAUGAAAUUGUAAAGACACGGAAAGAAGAUAACGAAACUUCAAAAAUCGAUACUACUUCCCAGCAGAAAAAUGAGGAAAAGGAAAAGACAGAAGCAGACAAUGGGGAAGAAAAGAAAGAAGAAGUGGUAUUUGUGCAAGACUUUGGAUUUUCAGUUAGAAUAGUCAGCCCUGGGGCAGAACCUUUUGAUAUACAGGUGUCUAGUAUGGAGCUAGUUCAGGAAAUCCAUCAACUUCUGAUGGACAGGGAAGACACAUGUCACAGGACUUGUUUCUCCCUUCAAUUAGAUGGUAACACAUUGGACAAUUUUGCCGAAUUAAAAAACGUCGAAGGCCUGAAGGAGGGCUCUGUAAUUAAAGUUGUUGAAGAACCAUACACAAUGCGUGAAGCCCGAAUUCAUGUGAGACAUAUCAGGGAUUUGCUUAAGUCUUUGGACACGGCGGAUGCAUAUAACGGCAUCGAGUGUAAUUCGCUUACUUUUCUCAACACCAUAACCCAAGGCGAUAUAUUAGAAAAAAAGAAAACACGACCCGAAAGUGUUGAUUGUACUCCUCCCGAUUAUAUAAUGCCUAAUAAUAAAGAACUGCCUCUCAGUGCCCUGCAGCCGCAGCACAAAGAUCAAAAGUUACCACAGUGUGUAAAGGCGUUGACGACAUCAGCGUGGAAUCCGCCUCCUGGUUACCGGAAAAUUCAUGGGGAUUUAAUGUACUUGUAUGUCAUCACAUUAGAAGACAAACAUUUUCACAUAUCUGCAUGUCCACGAGGUUUUUACAUCAACCAAUCGACGGAACAAGAAUUUAAUCCAAAAGCUGCCACUCCCAGUCACUUGUGCCAUUCGUUGAUCGAACUUCUCAAUCAGAUUUCGCCCAUGUUUAAACGUAAUUUCGCCUUUUUACAGAAGAAGCGUAACCAGAGGCAUCCAUUUGAGAGAGUUGCUACUCCUUACCAGGUGUACACAUGGUGUGCUCCCGUCCAAGAUCAUACCAUUGACGCCAUCCGUGCUGAAGACACAUUUUCGUCAAAAUUGGGCUACGAAGAGCAUAUUCCUGGUCAGACUCGCGAUUGGAACGAGGAGCUUCAGACUACACGCGAGUUGCCUCGGAAGACGCUUCCGGAACGUCUUUUAAGGGAACGGGCCGUGUUCAAGGUUCACAGUGACUUCGUGGCAGCAGCUACUAGAGGUGCAAUGGCCGUAAUCGACGGCAACGUCAUGGCCAUCAAUCCCGGUGAAGAAGCCAAGAUGCAGAUGUUUAUAUGGAACAAUAUUUUCUUCUCAUUAGGCUUCGACGUUAGAGAUCAUUAUAAGGAGCUAGGGGGCGACGCCGCCGCAUUUAUAGCACCACGAAACGAUCUUCAAGGCGUCCGAGUUUAUAGCGCAGUCGAUCUUCCUGGCCUUUACACGCUCGGUACGGUGGUCAUAGAUUACAGGGGAUACCGUGUAACGGCGCAGUCGAUUAUUCCCGGUAUCCUAGAACGCGAACAGGAACAAUCGGUGGUGUAUGGGUCUAUCGAUUUCGGCAAGACUGUUCUCACCCAUCCCAAGUAUUUGGAACUGCUCAACAAGGCAGGUCAACAACUGAAAAUCUUACCGCAUCAUGUGCUUAACGACAAAGACGAACCGAUCCAGUUGUGCUCAAGCGUCGAGUGUAAGGGAAUAAUAGGAAAUGACCAGAGGCACUACAUCCUGGACUUACUUAGGACUUUCCCACCAGACGUCAACUUCUUAAUUCUUGAAGGCGAGGAAUUGAGUAAGGAAGUGAAAAUGUUUGGGUUUCCAAUCGAGCAUAAGCACAAACUGUGCUGUCUUCGUCAGGAGCUGAUCGACGCCUUUGUGGACGCUCGCUAUAUGAUGUUUAUCAAAUACGCUGCCUUUCAUUUGCAACAGCUCAAUCUUCGUAAAAACCGCGAGAUUUUGAACAACAACGAAGACAUCGAGGAGAAACAGAAGAGAGAAAAAACAGACGAAAUCGUUGCGGCGAACAAAGGAAAAAAUGUAGAUUAUGAAAACGAAGAUGAAAAAAAAAAGAAGGAGAAAAACGGAAAUAUGGAGGCCGAGGAAGCCAAGAAAAUUGUGGAAAGCAUGACAGAUGGCAGUAAGUUAGAAUUAGAAGAAAGCACAAAAAAUAUUGUUAAAACGGCAGCUAUGGCGGUUGGGUCUCUGAAAGACACAGAAUUCGAUAUUCGGUUCAAUCCAGACGUCUAUUCCCCAGGAAUAAAACACUGCGAAGAUUUAGAUCCACCUCUCUGGAAACAAAGGCAAUUAGUGAAAGAUGCCGCUGAAUUUUUAUUAACGGCACAAAUUCCAACUUUCAUUAGGGACUGCUUGGAUCAUUCUUCGGCUCCAAUGGACGGUAUUACGUUGUCUGAAGCAAUGCACGCUCGUGGUAUAAAUAUUCGCUACUUAGGAAAAGUAUGUAAUCUGUUGUCAAAGAUCAAGCAGUUGGAGUACCUACACAAUAUCGCCGUCGGAGAGAUCGUGCUCCGUGCCGUCAAGCACAUUUUCACUACGUAUCUGCAGGGAACCGAAAUGAUGAAUUUGGCCCAAGCAGUUGCUCACUUUUUGAAUUGCUUUCUAUACUCUGGAACAGUAAUGAAUCCGCUUCAAGGAGCUGAAGAGGGCAGAAACACCCGUAAAAGGAAGGGUCGUAGGGGCAGGAAUAACCCGUUAAUUUGUCAAGACAGCAACGAAUGGGCAACGCUACUCCCUAAAACACUUUGGCUUCUAAUUAGACAGGAGUUAAAAUGUUACUUUGAUUAUGACUUAAUCACCGGCGAUAUCGAUGCAACUGUAGAAACGUUCUCCUUGUCUAAAAUAUCAUUGCUAAGGUCGUUCUGUUUGAAAACGGGUGUGCAACUUCUUCUGCGUGAUUUCAACCUUGAAUCGAAGAACAAAAUGAUAUUCUACGAAGAGGACGUGCUCAACAUAUUCCCUGUGGUUAAGCACAUCAAUCCGAGGGCAUCAGACGCCUACAACUUUUACACAACGGGUCAGAAUAAGAUACAGCAGGGAUAUUUGAAGGACGGUUAUGAGCUGAUCAGCGAGGCACUGAAUUUGUUAAACAACGUGUAUGGUGCUAUGCAUCCGGAGAUUGCCCAGUGUCUUAGGAUGCUGGCGAGACUGAAUUAUAUAAUGGGAGAUCAUGCGGAGGCCAUGGUAUAUCAGCAGAAGGCAGUACUAAUGAGUGAACGCGUAAACGGAAUCGACCAUCCUUACACUAUUACGGAAUAUGCACAUUUGGCUCUUUACUGCUUCGCCAACAGUCAAAUAAGUACCGCUCUUAAGCUCCUGUAUCGUGCUAGAUACCUUGCCCUUCUCAUUUGCGGAGAAAACCACCCCGAGGUCGCAUUGCUAGAUAGCAAUAUCAGUCUGAUAUUACACGCUGUAGGGGAGUACGAGCUGGCCCUUCGGUUCUUGGAAAACGCUCUCGCUCUAAAUAUCAAGUACUACGGUUCCAAAUCUCUCAAAGUGGCCGUCACUUACCACCUGGUGGCGAGGACGCAGAGUUGCAUGGGCAACUUCAGGGCUGCUCUGAACAAUGAAAAGGAGGCGUAUGUUAUAUACAAACAACAGUUGGGAGACAACCACGAAAAAACGAAGGAGUCGUCGGAAUGCUUGAAACAUCUUACGCAACAGGCUGUUGUGCUUCAAAAAAAAAUGAACGAGAUCUACACGGGUAAGAAUGGAUCGUCAUUGCCUCCGAUCCAAAUUCAACCACCCUCAAUGGGAUCCGUCUUGGACAUGCUCAACGUUAUCAACGGCAUCCUAUUUGUACAAAUAAGCCAAGAGGACAUAGAAAAUUUCAAAGCGGAACUCGAGAAACAGAGUCUGAUCGAUGGUAAAGAGUUGUUAGUAGAUAAUGAGGUGGACAACGAUAGUAAAUCAAAUGGCGCUACUGAAACGGUCGUAGACGGGAACCAGAACUAAUAAUGUUGGGUUUAUUUUCUUUUUCAUUAUCAGUAAUUACUUUCAUUAUCAUCAUUAAGCGAAUAGAAAAUUUGGGAGAGAAAGCGUCACGUGUAAGAGGAACGCAUUUAAUAGUGAGACAGAGGCUACUCUACUAUUUGCAUGUCGUCUUUUAGUAGUGGUUUUUAAUUAAACGUAGAGUAAUAAAAACGAUACGCUAGCCAGGACACAAAACUAGAAUAAACAAACAAAAAUGCAAAGUGCAUACAUUUUAGUGGUGUUGUUUUCCAAAUUAACCAAUGAAAAUAAAAAUAGAAUGUUCAAUUAGACUUAUACCAAAAAUAUUAAAUGCAACUUAUUCGCAAUAAACUAAAG